UCUUCUCCAUAUGCUAUUAUAUCAAUACCCACAACCCAUCGUCUUUUACCACUCACUGACUAUCGAAGAAGGCUGUGGGACGGCUCCACUUUUUCUUCGACUAUUCGGGAGUUGCCUUCACAUAUUGCUAUCAAGGCAUACAUCGACUUUCUUCCAUGAGUACAACCGAACCGUGUUGAGUCGGCAGAUUCCACGAGCAUCGCGCCGACCAUUAUGAAUGAAUUCUUUUCCAAGCCUUCGGGCUCGGAUCCGGAGAAGCCCGAAGAAGGCAGACCGGCACCUGCCCUGAGUCCCAGCAGACAGCCUGGACAAACCCAUGCUGAGCAUGCCGGGCAGUCAGAUAACGACAGCGAAAUCCGCGGCAAAUUCACCGGCGAUGGGAAACGAGAACUCACGGAAGAUGACUGCUACGACAAGCUAGGCUUUUCUUUCCCGUGGUAUAAGAAGUGGACCAUUCUCACCGUGAUUUUUGUGGUGCAGAUGUCGAUGAAUUUCAACAGCAGUACCUUCGCGAACGCGGUUCCGCAACUAUCAGAACACUUCCACAUCAGCGAACAGGCUGCUCGCGUGGGCCAAAUGAUCUUCCUCGUGACAUACGCCUUUGGUUGCGAACUUUGGGCCCCAUGGAGCGAGGAAUUCGGUCGGUGGCCUAUCAUGCAGGCCAGUCUCCUGCUCGUGAACAUCUGGCAGAUCCCCUGCGCAUUGGCCCCGAAUAUCGGGACGAUGAUAGUCUGUCGUGGUCUUGGUGGCUUGAGCUCAGCGGGCGGCUCAGUCACCCUCGGGAUGACUGCCGACAUGUGGGAACCCGAUGACCAGGGCUUCGCGGUAGCCUACGUGGUAUUGUCUUCGGUCGGAGGCACCACGAUCGGCCCGAUAUUCGGUGGAAUGAUGCAACAAUGGCUGGACUGGCGCUGGAACUUCUGGAUCCAGCUUAUAUUUGGCGGCGCCACUCAGAUUCUCCACUUUUUCUUCGUGACAGAAACGCGCUCCUCGAUCCUCCUCGACCGGGAGGCCAAACGGCUUCGCAAAUCAGGCGAGGACACCAACGUAUACGGCCCGAACGAGCUCAAAGCCUCUCGACUCAACUUCAAGGAGGUCAUGCACAUCUGGCGGCGACCAUUCGAGAUGUUCUUCCGGGAACCGAUCGUACUCUUCCUCUCCCUGCUCUCGGGCUUCUCCGACGCGCUCAUCUUCACCUGCAUCGAAUCAUUCUCCCUCGUCUUCCCGCAAUGGGGCUUCAACGCCGUCCAAACUGGCUGCUGCUUCAUCGCCAUCCUAAUCGGCUAUCUGGUCUCCUACGCCAUCUUCCUCCCGGACAUCCGCCGCCAACAGAAGAUCCGACACCGCGAAGGCACCGCGUCACGCGUUGCCGAACGCCGCCUCCUUCUCUUACUUUUCAUCGCCCCGCUCGAAACAAUCGGCCUCUUCGGCUUCGCCUGGACAUCCAUGGGCCCGGAGUACACGCACUGGAUCGUCCCCCUGGUCUUCGUGUUUCUCAUCGCGAUCGCAAACUACGGCAUCUACAUGGCCACGAUCGAUUAUAUGGUCGCCGCCUACGGCGAAUACUCUGCGUCCGCGACGGGCGGUAACGGCUUCGCUAGGGAUCUCCUCGCCGGACUGUCCGCCAUGUACGCGACCCCCAUGUACAGCAACAUCGGUGGCAGGUUUCAUCUCCAAUGGGCGAGUACGAUUCUGGGUUGUCUGGCGAUUUUGGUUACCAUUCCGAUCUAUGUGUUCUAUUGGAAGGGGCCGGAGAUUCGCGCCAGGAGUAAGUUUGCGCAGACUUUAGAGGCGGAUAGGCAGCGGCAUAAGGAGACGCGAAGGGCGAGUCAGGUUAGUGCGUCGGAGAAGAGGGAGAAGGUGUAGGGUCUUGUCUUGGUCUUGUCUUGGUCUUAUCUUGUCUGCGAUGGCUGUGUGUGUGUGUGUGUGUGUGUGUGUGUGUGUGUGUGUGGUGUGUGAUGAUGGCGGGGCGGGGUUCUCCUUCAAUCCACGUAUGCAUAGAUACCCUUUUUUUCAUAUUGAUAGUUUAAUGGCUAAUUCCGAUAAUGUUUCA